GAUAGAAGGCGAGGCGAGUCUCGUCUCUCCACCAACCUCUCUCUCUCUCUCUCUCUCUCUCUGCCCUUCCCUUCCCCAUCGCCCCAACAUUCCUUCUUCCCUUCUCUGCGUCGAUCAAUCGACAUCGAUCGCCGCUCCUCCGUCCUCGCUCUAUCUUCCCAAUCCGAUCUGUAUCAGACUCGAUUCACUCUCCGACUAACUUCACCAGUAUCACGGACGCCGAUCGAUCACUCGUCGCUGGUGGCGCCGCCGACGGCAUCGGAUGUUGGGUCGGCGGCGGCGGAGUCGGAGAUUUGGGCGGUUGUGCGGUGGAUGAGCUUCUGGAAUAAGAAGAUAGUAAUCCCUUCACGUCUCGUCGUUCCUUCCUGCUCCUUUUGGUUUUGUCAUGGGCAACAAGAAGCGAAACCCUAGCCAGCGCCCUACCCGCCAUCCUCCAGAUUCUUCGGUCGCUGUGGUGGCUGAUGUUUCUCUGGCUUUGUCCUCUCCUGUCUCUGAUGACGGGCCACGGAGCGUCGAUGCAGCUGAGUCCGCUGUCGUUAAGGUGGAGUGCGAGCGGGCGCUUACUACCCUCCACCGCGGGAACCAUACUAAAGCCUUAAGGCUGAUGAAGGAGGCUGCGGCGCGGCACGAGGGUUCUGCGCUGCUGCACCGAGUGCACGGGACUGUGGCAGCGAAGUUUGCGGCUCUGCUUGAUGACCCCGGUGCGAAACUGCGGUACCUCCGUGCCGCCAUCGACUCUGCUCGCCGCGCUGUCACGCUGUCGCCAACCUCAAUUGAGUUCGCGCACUUCUAUGCUAGUCUUCUGUUUGAUGCUGCUACGGAUGGAUGCGGGUACGAGGAGGUUGUCCAGGAGUGCGAGCGCGCCCUUAGCAUUGCUGACCCGGUUGAUCCUGCUAAGGAGAGCCUUCAGGAUGAGAGCCAGCAGAAGCUGCCUACGCCUGAGGCUCGGGUCGCUCACAUCCGGCAGGAGCUACGGGCUCUAAUUCAGAAGUCCAACAUUGCCUCUAUCUCGUCUUGGAUGAAGAAUCUUGGGAACGGGGCUUCUGGGGAGGAGAGGUUCCGGUUGAUCCCUAUGCGCCAUAUCUCUGAGGACCCCAUGGAAGUUCGGUUGGUGCAGACAGCCCGCCGCCCCAAUGAAAUUAAGAAGGCCACCAAAACUCCAGAAGAGCGGCGUAAGGAAAUUGAGGUCCGUGUUGCUGCUGCUCGCAUUAUCCAACAGAAGUCCAGCAACUCUCCAGUGUCCUCCCAGGAGGAGGAUGGCCGCCCUGGGUCAGAUUUUUCCACCUCCUCAUCCAGUGCUCACCGGUUGGCAGAGCGCCGGAAAUUGAACUCCAAAAAGGUCAUUUCCUCUGAUGAUCGCAUGGAUCUUGUCCGAGCAUAUUGGAACUCGAUGAGUUUUGAGAGGCAGUUGGAUUUCCUAGUCGUAAACAUCCCAGACCUCAAGAUGCAUUUUGCCUCAUCGCCCAAGGACAACCUUGGAGUGGACAUCCUGAAUGAAGCACUGGCAUUUGUGGAGUCCAGUGGUAUGUGGAAGUUCUGGGCUUGUUGCCGUUGUGAUGAGAAGUUCACUGACUGCCAUGCCCACAUCCAACACACUGCUCUGGAGCAUAUAAGUAGCCUCUCAACCAAGUUGCAGUCUGUAAUGCCGCAGGAAGUUGAUGGAGAAUGGAUUGAGAUGCUUCUUAAUGGGAAUUGGAAACCCAUUGAUGCUGAUCUUGCUGUGAAGAUGCUCAAGGAAGAACAAUCGAAGCAACAAUCAUUAAUCAAGGAUGCAGACUCCGAUAGUGGCUGCAAGGACAAAGAGUGUUCACCAGAGUAUUGGACUGCUAAAGAGAACUCUGAUUCUUCCUCUUCACCCCAGCAUGGGGAGAUUGCAGAGCAAGAUAUUCCUAAUGACUUUUCUUCAGAAGGGAACUUCAGUGAGAUGAAUGAUCUUAUUGAUGUCUCUCGCAGAUGGCCAUUGUCGCAUGAUACCGAAAGGACCAAGCUUCUGGGAAGAAUUCAAGUCAUGUUUCAGACACUCGUGAAACACAAGAGCCUGUCAGUAAGUCAUAUGAAUAAGGUGAUACAAUAUGCUGUUGAAGAGAUCCAAGCAUUUCAGUCUGGAUCAUUAUUGCUUAACCAUGCACUUGAUCAGUCGCCUGUUUGUAUCUUCUUCUUGGAUGCUUUGCACCUUGAGAAAAUACUGAAGUUCUUGAAGGAGCUUUCACAGUCCUGUGGGUCAGGAAGAUACACUGAUAAGGACACUACUGCCAGUGAUGCUGAUAGCAAUGAGCAGGGUACUGAAGUCCCAGAUGAUGUCAGUCUGAGCUUUAACUCCUGUACUCUUUCUUUGGAUGGGUGUUUUUUCAGAAAGAAGCCGGAUAUCCAUCUUGAGAAUUCUGGCAUUGACGAGGCCGUCAACAGGAUACCUGAUUCAAAUAUUUUUUUGCCAUGGCUAUUUGCUGGUCCUUCCAUCUCUGAACAACUCUCAUCAUGGACUCACAUGCGUGAAGAGAAAGCUUGUCAAGGCUUGGAAAUCCUUCAGAUGCUCGAGAAAGAAUUCUAUCCCUUGCAAAGUCUGUGUGAACGGAAAUGUGAACAUUUGAGUUAUGAGGAGGCUUUGCAGGCUGUUGAAAACCUUUGUUUUGAAGAACUGAAAAGAAGGGAGCAAGGAGUGAAGUUGGCAUCUCAAAGCUAUGAGGCUAUUUUGAGGAAGCGACAAAAAGAACUCAUGGAGCGGGAGAAUGAUGAAAUGCUGGAUGGCUGCAGAUUCGAAUUGGAAGUUAUUUCUAAUGUUCUGAAGGAGGCACAAGUCUUGAAUGUAUCACAAUUCGGGUAUGAUGAGGCUUUAUGUAGUGCCGGUUCUCGUAUGUGUGAUUUGAAUUGUGAUGAAGGUGAUGAUUGGAGGGUGCAUGAUUACUUGCAGCAAACAGAUACUUGUAUAGGAAUAGCAAUUCAGAGGCAGAAGGAACAACUUUCUGUAGAGCUUAACAAGAUUGAUGCAAGGAUCAUGCACAAUGUGAGUGGCAUGCAGCGAUUAGAAGUGAAGCUUGGACCCGCUUCAGCCAUGGAUUAUCGUACUGUCAUUUUGCCACUUGUAAAAUCUUUUAUUCGGUUUCAUUUGGAGGAUUUGGUAGACAGAGAUGCUAGAGAAAAGUCUGAUGCUGCAAGAGAAGCCUUCCUAGCAGAGCUUGCACAGGAUGCUAAGAAGAAUGCAAACAAAGGAAAUGAUACCAAGCAUGCACAUGAGAAAUCAAAGGAGAAGAAGAAGAAUAAAGAUUACAGGAAAAGUAAAGAUCAAAAGAGUGUGGGUUAUAUUGAUCAAUCCUCAGAUCAUCAGCAUACUACUGAACAAUCUGAGUCUGUUGUAUAUGGUGUUACCUUGGAGCAUGAUGUUGUUGUAUCAAGUGGUGAUUACCUGACACAGAAAGAAGAGGAGUCUAAACUUAGAGUGGAACUUGAGGCUGAAGAAAGGAAACUUGAGGAGACAUUGGAGUAUCAAAGGAGGAUUGAAGAUGAGACAAAGCAGAAACACUUUGCAGAACAAUCUAAAAUCAAUGCUGUGGCUUAUCUGAACAAUCAGACUGAUGGAGCCUUUGUUGUUAAUUCAGUGGCUAAUUUGAAUUAUGACUCUAGGUUGCAAAAUAAAACCGUACCCACUUUUGUAGAAGGUGCAGAAUUUGGUGAAUUCCAUUUUUUUGAAGCCAACAUGCACUAUGACAACCCUAACAUGAGAUUCAAACAAAGAAAUAAGUCUGGCACAACAGACCAGAUUGAUGUUGGACAGCAGCGCAGUAUUAACGACAACAGUGAGAAAUAUAAUGAAAAUUGUAUUGACAGAAUGCAAGCUUUUGAUGACUAUAAGGAUUUCCCUUUAAAAGUGGGUUUGCAAGUUAAUGGAGUAGAGAAAUCUGUAACCAAUAGGACAUUUUCCAAUAGUAAUAGCUUUCAAAAGAUUAAGAAGACAAGUAGCCAAUCUCAUACAAAACACAAGCAAGGAAGUGCAGGAACUUUGUAUGAUGGUUUUCUUCCUUUGGAGCAAUCAAAAGCUAAGCAGGUUUCCAAGCAUAAUAUUACAAGAGAGUUGCCUGAAGGGAAUGAAAGAGCUUUUCCAUUUUCUAAAGAAAAUCGUUUGCUUGCUCGAUGUCAAAAUGAAUUAUACACUCAAGAUAAUGCUGCAGGACAAAAUGAAGUGAGGUCAGCAGGACAAUUUCAGGAUGUGGAUGAACAAAGGUUCCAAGAAGAACUUAAGCAAGCUGUGCGCGAAAGCUUGGAAGGCAAUGACUAUGUUGUGUCAGCUACUGAAACAGGGAGCAUUUCAAGCCAGAAAGAAGUCCUUGGCACUGGUCUCAGGAAUGCAGUUGGUGAAUACAAUUGUUUCUUGAAUGUGAUUAUCCAGUCAUUAUGGCAUUUAAGGCGUUUCAGAGAUGAGUUCCUCAAAAAGUCAUCAGUGCACGGGCAUGUUGGAGAUCCAUGUGUUGUCUGUGCGCUUUAUGAUAUAUUUACAGAUUUGAGAAAUGCUUCUGAAGGUGGACUAAGCGAUGCUGUUGCACCUACUUCUUUGAGAAUUGCUUUGAGCAACUUAUAUCCUGAUAGUAAAUUCUUUCAAGAGGGACAGAUGAAUGAUGCAUCUGAGGUUUUGUCAGUAAUUUUUGAUUGUUUGCAUAAGUCAUUUAAGGUUCAUUCUGGGGAUAAUGAUGCUGGGCUGCAAAAAAAUAAUUCAGAGGGAUCAUGGGAUUGCACAAACAGUUCGUGUAUUGCACACACACUCUUUGGAAUGAAUAUAGAUGAACAGAUGAAUUGUUACAACUGCCAUUCCCAGACUAGACACCUAAAGUACACUUCGUUUUUUCAGAAUAUCAAUGCAAAUUCAUUACGAACAGCAAAGAUUAUGUGUCCAGAAAGUUCUUUGGAUGAUCUUUUGAAGACUGUGGAAAUGAAUCACCGAUUAUCAUGUGAUGUUGAAGCUGGUGGUUGUGGAAAACAAAAUUACGUGAAUCAUAUAUUGUCUCAUCCGCCACAUGUUUUCACAGCUGUUUUAGGAUGGCAGAGUACAACUGAAAGUGCAGAUGAUAUAUCUGCAACUUUGGCAGCAAUUACCACUGAUGUUGAUAUUGGGGUUCUCUACUGCGGCAUAGAUAAAGGAAGUGAACAUUCUCUGAUUUCAAUGGUUUGUUACUAUGGGCAACACUAUCACUGCUUUGCAUAUGAACAUGAUCAAUGGGUCAUGUAUGAUGACCAAACUGUAAAGGUGAUUGGCGGUUGGGAAGAUGUUAUUACCACAUGUAAAAGGGGGCAUCUGCAGCCACAAGUUCUGUUCUUCGAGACUGUGAAUUAAUAAUUCUUCACUGAUAAGCAAUUGCGAUAAUUCUAGAUGUGGAAGUAAUGUUCUCAGGGCCAUUUAUGCGAGAAUAUCUUCAAAGGUUGUAAAGGAUAAACCAGAAUGUCAGAAUACCUGGAUGCCUACUGUUUUGUAAAGGUCAAUUCUUUGUGAGUAUGCUUUAGCAAUGACUCGGAAAUGCUGAUGCAUUUCGAGUUCAGGUUCCCAUAAUCCCCAUCUUCAGUGCCACAAAAAUAUCAAGGAUCCAGUCUCACUGAAAAGAAAAAGGUGAUCCUUGUAUCUAUUCUUUAUAGAUUAGUUCCUUUUCUGCAGAAACAGCUGCAUUUUCUUGAUUCAAUAAGGCGGCAAUGAUCAAGGGGAUAUGUGUGCCUCUCACCAUUUUGGAGUCAUCAAUUGUGCUCGCUGUUUGCAUCCAUUUUUGAUACAACUUAUACAGUUGGAAGAUAAUGGACCUCCACCUGAAUGGAGCAACAAUUGUUCAGGUUUUUGCUCAACAGAUGUGAAGUUGUCAGUUUGAGUCAGAUAAUUAUAAGAAAUGUAGAAUGGGAAAGAGUGGCAUCAAGAAAUGUGAUGAUUCAUCUUUUUCUUUCACUGAAAUGUUUUGUGGAAACAAAUAUAUUUUGACACUCUAAAUGAGUUACAAUAGUUGAUGAUCA